AUGAGGUUGGCACCUCUCAUGGAGUCUAUUGUUCGUAAAACGGCUUCUGACGAAGAAUUUGAGUCAGGUCGAGAAGGAAUGAUGCUGAGAUGGACAUGGGCAAUGCUUGUUUCGACUUCAUUAUGUAUUAUGCUCUACCAGGGUGACGAUACCCUGAUGAAGGUGGACCGUGAUUUCCAGAGCAAUGAUCUCAGGCGAGAUGCAAGGCUGAGGCACAGCCCGCCCGCGAUUGGUAGGUUCGAAGCCACUCCUAAUGCACGGGAAGCUAAAACCGGGGCAAAACAAACAAACAGACUGGGCACAAGUGGACCCGCGCCACAUGCUUGCUGUGGCGGUGAGGGGAUGACGUUUUAUAGGGCGGGAGAGGAUGGAGCGCUGGGAGCAGGGUUUGAGCGGAUGACGCAUCAUCAGAGGACUCGAAUGGCGACGCUCACGGGGCAGCGGAGACAUCGGCGUAACUUCAGGUUGCAUGUGCAAGGCAGUACAGAAGCUUUGUAG